UUUAUUUAAAAAUAAGAAUAAUGACGGUCACAAUACAGAAUUUCCAGAAGAAUGGCGAGAAUUUCCACGAAUGAUCGUUUUGGAACAAGUGAUAAUAAGAAGUGUCGCAAUCCAUGUACCCGGAUUUUAUUGA